AUGUCUUCCCAGUCCACUUUGACCCGCACCAAACGUUCGGCCAAGCCAUCCGACAAGGUUAGACAAACUGCCGAGGAUGUCGCUCAAAAGCAGGAGCAGCGACGUCAGCAAGACACCAUCCGGGACCAGCAGCGCAAGAUACGUGAAGCCAAAAAGGCUCAAAAGGCUGCCGCCAUGAAUCAAGGCUCCCAAGGCCCCAUGCUCAGUCACCACAACACUCAGAGGAACAUGCCUCGGUCGGUUCCAGCCGAUGAGUUGUCAGUCCGCAGCGAGGCUUCGCAGCCAACUCUGGCUGCACGUCACUCUGUGGUUCCACCGCCGCCUACUCAUACUACCACCCGUCGUCUGACACCGGAUCAAGUACGACAGUUGGUCCAUGAGCGUUUCCACUCCGAGGACGACGAUGAUGAUGACGACUACUCGUCUCUGCCGAAAUACCUUAGUCGCAAGCGUCCCCAGCAUGUGCUGGGUACCGAGGACAACUCCGACGAUGGAGACGGGGGCUCUGCUCACAAACGCCAAUGUUCGGCACCUGUGGACGUUGCUGCCGACAACGAACCCAUAUGGCUGGAGGACGCCGAUGCCAAUAUCGAUGAAGAUGACACACAGCCCCUAAACGAGGUGAUCACCUCAGCCAGUGGCAAGACCACCUCAUGCCGCCAACGUCUUCAGGGGAGGGCCCAACCCGACGAAGUUCAGGACGUGCUGUGGGCUGCCAUCUCUAUUUUUGGGUCUCUCAUGUGCCUCGACCACGCCUUCCCCAACUCACUUCAAGAGCACCAGUGGGCCGAGCGCGCCUGGAAGAAGGCCUGCGAGUUCUACAACGUCGAGCAUGUGCUGACUCCAGCAGUCAGGAAAUUGAUCACUGAUCGUACAAGUCAUCUCCGAGGAGAGCUCAAGACCAAAGCCCGCCCCCUGGUUGAGACCACAUUUGGAUUUGAGGUCAGUGACGAUGCAGAUGUUCAGGCAGCCAACCGCAAGCUUGUUGAGGACCUCAAGAGAGACACCGCAUUUGUGUACCGGGUGCGGGGCGAGACUGCUGAGGAGCACCGCGGGAUGUUCCUCGCCAAAAUAAUUCAACAGCUCAUCAAUGCCGUCUUCUACAAGGGGAAAAAGGCGAUGGCUGUGAGGUGGGAGGAGUUUUUUGAAACUUUCCCUGGGCCCGGCUUUGCUUUGGUCCUGUCGGCGAUUGAAUGUUCUAUCGACGAGUGGUCGACGGGCUCCUUUGAGAAGGUCGCAUUCUCAGAGGCCAAUUACCGUGACGUAUUCGAGACCCACCUCAAGAAUCUUGAUGACUUUGCUGGCCAUGGGAAUGGCGCUGACCGUGUGUUGGAGAAGUUCAUGCAGCGCGUACAUCGGAUUGGAAGCUCUCAUGCCCGGGUGGCUGCUCCCUCGCGUGCCCCCCAACCCAUGAAGCCGGCUGCAUUUGAUACAGCAGUGUUUGAUAUGAUCCGUGACCUGGACUGA